UUCCACGACUAUAGAAACAAGAAACUGAAGAAAGGAUCCUCAUCAACACGUGCUUGAGGUCUUGAGCUCCGCCUCUCUCUCGUCUCAUCUGUUGCUUAUUCCACUCGGUCAUUAGCUUUUAUCAGCUGAGCUUCCAGUAACUUGCUCGAUUCAGGCCCUGAGCUUGGGAGGCCAGCAUUUUGAAUCUCUCUGACUCUCGCUCUUUUCACUCACCGGAAACAUGUCCGACGAACCAAUGCCCACUCGAUGGUCCUUCCAGGAUUUUAAAUUGUUCUAUGACGCCAAGUUUGGUAGGAAGAGAAUCUUGGAGAAUGGCAAGACUGAUAAUACCAUCAGUAAUGGAAAUGGUAAUCUACAUCCCAGAAGGACAUCGGAUACGGCUAUCUAUGAGCAGUUUCAGAACCAAGGGCAGAAUUUAAACCACUCAAAUGGUUUUUUGCCAAACAAUGUUGGUGAUAGGCCUCAGAAGUCUUUGCUUCCGCCUCUUGAAUCAGCAGAAAUGCGUACUUUAGCAGAGAGCUUAAGUAGGGAUAUUAUUCGUGGGAGUCCAGAUGUGAAGUGGGAAAGCAUAAAGGGGCUAGAAACGGCCAAACGCUUACUUAAAGAGGCUGUUGUAAUGCCAAUCAAGUAUCCCAAAUACUUUACUGGUCUAUUAUCACCUUGGAAAGGUAUUCUUCUCUUUGGGCCACCAGGAACAGGAAAGACAAUGCUUGCAAAAGCAGUCGCAACAGAGUGCAAGACUACAUUUUUUAAUAUUUCUGCAUCCUCCGUUGUCAGCAAAUGGAGAGGUGAUUCAGAGAAGCUAGUUAGGGUACUAUUUGAGCUUGCUAGGCACCAUGCACCCUCAACAAUAUUUCUUGAUGAGAUUGAUGCAAUCAUUAGUCAGCGUGGUGAGUCGCGCAGUGAGCAUGAAGCAAGUAGACGGUUAAAAACUGAGCUACUCAUACAGAUGGAUGGCUUGACACGGACUAAUGAACUUGUUUUUGUUUUGGCGGCGACAAAUAUUCCUUGGGAAUUGGAUGCAGCCAUGCUCCGACGUUUUGAGAAGCGAAUCCUUGUGCCACUUCCAGGACCAGAAGCAAGAAAAGCAAUGUUCAAGGAACACCUUCCACCACAGCAUGGCGAGGAGCAGAUCCCCUAUGCUUUACUGGCGGAGCAGACAGAAGGAUAUUCAGGUUCAGAUAUCCGGUUACUCUGCAAAGAGGCAGCAAUGCAGCCAUUGAGACGCUUAAUGUCACAGCUUGAACAGAGAGAAGAGGUAGUACAGGAAGAAGAGUUGCCUAAAGUCGGGCCUAUAGGAUCUAAAGAUAUAGAGAUUGCUUUGAAGAACACAAGGCCGUCUGCUCAUCUCCAUGCCCACAAAUAUGAGAAGUUCAAUUCUGAUUAUGGAAGUCACAUACUGCAAUGAAAAGAUGCAGUCUUACCUAGCUUGGAAUUUGUAAUUUUAAGUUCAAUUAGAUUGUCAUAGAAUUGUUAUUGCACAAUUAGGAUACUAUAACAUUCUGGGGAGCCUUUCUAGGUUACGGUUUUCAUACAUGGAGAUGCUAUAAUUGCCGUGUCAUGUCUGUAAGCACACUGACGCCCAAGAUUGUCAUUGAGAGUUGAAGUUGCUACUUUGGUCUUUUGUUAUAGGAUGGUGAAUAAAACGUAAAAACCACAGAACAAUGUUAAGUUUCA